AUGCCUUCUACUGGCAUAGGAUCACAGAUUCGUCCGACCUUAUCGGGCUUCAACAGUUCGUCUGGGUUGGAGUCGUUUAAUGCUUCCAAAUAUCUGUUUCAUAACGAAGACGACCGGGCGACUUUGAAGGACGAGGACAGGAUCCCGACACCCGACUUCAAAAUUCCCGACUCUGUCUCGCAGAGACGACUCAGGCCUGGUAAGUUCAGACAAUACAGGCGAAAAUCACAUUUUGCUGACGAUGAGACCAAGCUGUCUGCGAAUUCGGACGCCCUGGACCUUGCCAAUUCACGUACUCCCAACCCCGAGACUUGGAACACUCACAGUCGGCACCGCACUACUCAUCAGAGCAUGCCACAAAACGCCCUGAACAUGUUCCGUCAGCUUGGUAAUCAAACUGACGAGAAUCAUGCGCAUUCUUCAAAAUCUGCUCGUCAUGCUGCUAGACAUUCGCUGGAGGCGAACCUGCUCUACAGCGCCGAGGAACAUUCUGAAAACCUGACAGCUACUGCUUCCAGCAGACCUGCAUCCCUGCAGUCCUCAUACUCGACCAACGAUCUUCCUACAGUCAAAGGCGAGCCUUUCAAUCCCGCUGUCACUCCUCCUAAGACGCAUGCCGAACAGAUUCAACACAAUGCCAACCUGGGUCGGAUUCCAGCUGUGAACCCUGUGAACUCCCGCCAACAAAGGGACUCGCCUGAACGCGAUGAAGCGAAAUUGCAGGGAACCCGGGCCCAGCAGACUACUCUGCAAGCUAGUGCCACACCUUUCGGCCCACCAAUCACUACCGGUCCUGCCAAUAGCAACAGCACGGUCGCACCAACUACCUUGACCCCAUUCCAGGCACCCUUCUAUGGGUAUGGUAUCCAAGCCUACAUGGGCGCUCCAGUGCAGGUCAGCGGUCAGCUGCAAAACUACAAUGCCGCAGCUCCCUUUGCUGGGUACGCUCCCUAUGGCACUUAUCGCAUGCCUGAAGGCUCGGCCAAAAGCGUUACCUCCCGACGAAGCGGUGAUAACGAUAGCGCUCAGCUCUCUCGCUUCACAAAUUUCCCGCUUGAGCAUUAUAAAGGCGAGUUGUAUGGCCUUUGUAAGGACCAACACGGUUGCAGGUACCUGCAGAGAAAAUUGGAAGAGCGUAACCCGGAGCAUGUACAAAUGAUCUUCGAGGAAACGCGCCUUCAUGUGGUUGAACUCAUGACAGAUCCGUUCGGCAAUUACCUGUGCCAGAAAUUGCUCGAAUAUUCCAACGAUGAACAGCGGACUGACCUGAUCAACAACGCUGCUCAUCAGCUCGUUAAGAUUGCUCUUAAUCAGCACGGUACCAGGGCGCUCCAAAAGAUGAUCGAGUUUAUUUCUACCGCCGAACAAACCCAAACGGUCAUCCAUUCGCUAGAGGACCAUGUUGUUGAAUUGGUUCAGGAUCUCAACGGAAACCAUGUGAUCCAAAAGUGUCUCAACCGUCUCUCUGCUGAGGACGCUCAAUUCAUUUACGAUGCUGUUGGCGCCAACUGCGUGGUCGUCGGCACUCAUCGCCAUGGAUGUUGUGUUCUGCAACGAUGCAUUGACCAUGCGUCUGGUGAUCAGAAAGCGCGCCUCAUUGCUCAAAUCACUGCGAAUGCAUUUGCUCUUGUUCAAGAUCCUUUCGGAAACUACGUUGUGCAAUAUAUUUUGGAUCUUGCUGAGCCUCAUUUCACUGAGCCCUUAUGUCAGAAUUUCCGAGGCAACAUACCCGCUCUAUCCAAGCAGAAGUUUAGCUCGAAUGUCAUCGAGAAGUGCCUUCGUACUGCGGACUUCCAAAUCCGGCGUCAGAUGAUCGAUGAAAUGCUGGCAGGAGCCGAACUUGAGAAGAUGCUCCGCGACUCAUUUGCGAACUAUGUGGUGCAAACAGCCAUGGACUUUGCCGAUGCUGAAACUCGAGCGCGGAUUGUCGAUUGCAUCCGUCCUAUAUUGCCUUCUAUCCGUCAAACCCCCCAUGGCCGUCGUAUUGCUGGUAAGAUGAUGGCAUCCGAAGGCUCAGGAAGGGGAAGUGCCGCAACUAGCGGACAAGUGACGCCUAACGAAAUGAACUCCGCCCAGCUUCCGGGUCCUCUUCAGGGACCACAGAAGUCCUUCAUGUAUCAACACAGCCCUUUCCCAGUCGGUUCCCAGUUUGGAAAUCAGAACUUUGUUCCCACCGCUGGCUCUGCGACAGGUUCCAACGCUCCGUCUGGCGGACCUAGCGAGGCUAUAUUUGCUUCAGCUGUGCCGCAAGCCAACGGCAAUCUUGGUGCUCAAAGUCAGCUGUAUGCGUACUUCUGA